GUCGUCGCGCGCACGUCUACACAACACAAACACCGUCCUCGAAUGACGGCUUUAUUCCAAAUAUGAAUCGCUCUUGAGUGUGUGCUUUUAUUUUUUUUUAAUUUCAAGUGAAAUGCGUUCCAUUUUAUAAUCAGCCAAUUAACAAGAUGCUGGUAUCAUCGGCUGGCCGUAUCCGAUCCUGCUUGUCUUUGAAAAUCAAAGAAACCUACGAUAUAUCGGAAUACGAAAAACCAUGUGAAUACAGUGUUGUCUUCCAACGACGGGAUACAAGACUGAAUCCCAGGGAUGCCUUAAUUAUCAGUGAUGCAAGAUGAUCGAAGGGGAAAGAGAUAUUUUUCUACGAGAACAUUAUUCCAUAAAGAAAUAGUUUUUGAAGAAUUUUGAAAUAGUAUUUUGAUGAUAUUUUUAAGGUCUCAUGUGCACGGUGCUUUAUAGUUAGGGAGGUGAAACAAUUAUUGUAAACUGUCGAUAAUAGUGGUAAUGUUAGUGUUGUGAGUGCUAGGGAAGACACGACGAUGUCGAGCGAUGCCGACUCUGUAAAGGUGGAGGGGGGCCAUGUGUCCGUCACCACUAUCAGCAUGUCGGGCCCUGAGACCAGCGAUGGUCAAUUCUCGUAUAGUUCAAGUGGAGUACGCAUCAGCGUAUCCUCGGAUCCUCAUGACGAAGAUUCGACUGAUGCUGAGAUCUCCAAGAUAGACUUCACGCAACACCAAUAUGAGGUCAAUAUGCGGAAUAAGAAGAAGAGAUCGUCAAACGGCGCGCAAUGCGAGGGCAGCGAACGCGAGCGGCCCAUGUCGUGGGAAGGAGAGCUUUCUGACUCCGAGAUGGUCAUAGACACCGUACAUAAUGAUGAGAACAGCAGUUCAAUAGACAUGCAGUCAUCACGUGACUCUAUAGACACUCUUCGGAACGUGACCAUCAAAGCUGAGCCCCUCAAGACGGAAACCUUCCAGAGCUUUGACGACCAGCGCGUGCUGGAUUUGAAAUACUCAGCGCCAUUACAGCCGCAUCAGCGAAGUCUUAGCAUGAAUAGGAUAUCAGUACUAACGGAUAGUGCGUCGCUGUGCUUACCACGCCGGCCGUCGUCCCCUACGCACAGCAAGUCCCUGUUGCUGGGCGAGCAGACCGCGUUGCCGCUCGUCGCGCCCGCUGUCGGUGAAGCUCAGAACCUCACAAUAAAGAAGGAGACGCAGCUAUCAGUAAGAUGUUUGUGUUGUAUUGUCAGUGUGUACAGCAGCCCGUCGGCCAGCCCGCGUCCGGCGCGCCACUACACGCCGUCCUUGUCGCGUAAUAACAGCGAUGCCUCGCACUCCUCCUGCUACUCCUACAGCUCGGAGUUCUCGCCCACGCAUUCUCCUGUACAGCAGAGCCGACAGCCGCACGUGGUGUACCGGGAGCACGAGGACGAGGACGCAGCUGAAGACCGCCUGCACCACCACCAGGGCAUCAGCAGGCAGCAGCUCAUCAACAGCCCGUGUCCGAUCUGCGGCGACAAGAUCAGCGGCUUCCACUACGGCAUCUUCUCGUGCGAGUCGUGCAAGGGCUUCUUCAAGCGCACGGUGCAGAACCGCAAGAACUACAUGUGUCUGCGCGGCGGCAGCUGCCCCGUCUCCGUCGCCACGCGCAAGAAGUGCCCCGCCUGCCGCUUCGACAAGUGCCUCGGCUGCGGGAUGAAGCUGGAAGCAAUCCGCGAGGACCGCACGCGCGGCGGACGCUCUACGUACCAGUGUUCGUACUCGCUGUCGGGCGCCGCCUCCACUGGCUCGCUGCUGUCCGCGCACGCCGCGCACGCCGCGCCCGCCAUGCGACAUGCCAGCAGUCUCAACAUGGUAAACGGGCCUGGUUCUUACAGCAAUCGAGGGGAAGCGAGUAACAGAUUGACGCCUGAAAUUCCAACAUUACUGCAGGAGAUAAUGGACGUCGAGCAUCUGUGGCAGUACAACGAGUCAGAGCUGAGCAGACUGGGCAAAGCGGGGGCGGGGGCAGGAAGCGGGACGGGGGCCGGCAGUGGGGCGGGAAGCGGGGCGGGGGUGGGGGCCAACCCCCUCCUGGCGGCCAGUGGUAUUACACCGCACACGUCCAGCGCGGACCUGCUGGCCGACCUCUGCCAUAUUGCUGACCAUCGGCUGUAUAAAAUCGUUAAAUGGUGUAAAAGCCUGCCGCUAUUUAAGAAUAUAUCGAUCGACGACCAGAUCUGCCUGCUGAUCAACAGCUGGUGCGAGCUGCUGGUGCUGUCGUGCUGCUACCGCGGCGUGGCCACGCCGGGCGAGGUGCGCGUCGGCGGCGGCCGCGGCCUCACGCUGCACCAGAGCGCCAAGUUUGGUCUAACUCCGUGCAUAGAGCGCAUGCUGAGCUUCACGGACCACUUGCGGCGGCUGCGCGUCGACCGCUACGAGUACGUCGCACUCAAAGUCAUCGUACUGCUCACUUCAGACGCGCCGGAGCUGCGCGAGGCGGAGAAGGUGCGCGCGUCGCAGGAGAAGGCGCUGGGCGCGCUGCAGGCCUACACCGCCGCGCACUCGCCGCACGCGCCCGCCAAGUUCGGCGAGCUGCUGCUGCGCAUCCCCGAGCUGCAGCGCACCUGCCAGUUCUUCAUGCAAGUGGGCAAGGAAAUGCUGAACCCCGCCAACAAGAGCAAAGAUGGCGACGGGCCCAGCUUCAAUCUACUCAUGGAGCUGCUCCGCGGAGAUCACUGAAUUACAAUUAGUUAAUAUAUUGCUCAAAGUAAACAAACGACUUUAGCCUUUAUUACUAUAGGUAUAAAGUCCAUAGUUUAACAAUUUAAAAACCAGUUGCUCUCUACAGAUUAUACAAAAAUAAAAUAAAGAAAAUAAAUAUUGCGUACUCUCAUGAUGAAAAUCAGUAUGGAACAUUCUCCAUAACAUUUGUACUGAAAACUAUUCCUUAAAGAUUCAAAUGUUUUGACAAUGAAAACUAGUAACUUUAGAUUUAACUAGCUGUUCCCAUGCGGCUUCCACCGCAGUAAUUUAUAAAAACUUUAUUUUAUCGUUUACAUGUGUCAAUU